UGUGCCAAACGUCACGUGUAAAUUUAACGAACCUUGAUCAAAUCGCCCCAGGCGCCCUGUUCUCACCGUCGUCCUUUAUAUUGAUAUGGGUUUAUAUUUGGUUUAUAUAGCCUUGGCUCAGGUUGUGCUGUUGCAUUUUGAUUUGGUUCUGCAUAUUUUCAUUAAAUGGGAUGUUUCUCAUUCAAGCCAUGUUAUUUAUUGAUGUAGUUUUCUAUAUGCCCUGAUUGUGUGUGGUGUUUGAAAAGUGGAGGACAUUGGUUGUUGCAAGGUUGCCUGUUGGAACGUUAUGAUGUGUGCAGACCGUGAAGACGUUGGCACAGAAGAGCUUGAUGGAGCAGAGGACGGCCACCUUCCACCACUGGAACGGCGCGUGCCUGUCCGCGGCACGCUGCCACAGUACGACACUCUGUCGGCCAGCUCCCUUCAUAUGACUACCACUGACACGGACUCCAUGUUGUCAGGCGGCUUCAACCGCGGUCCCUUCUUCGCUUCGCCGGGAAAGGCCCUCCACGGUGAGUUUGUAUUUCCCAUCCAAGGUUACGAAGUGAUGGAGGCACGAUCUAAGUUUACCAUCUUUAAGAUGAAGGUGCAGCAUGUGGCAUCACAACAACAAUGGUUUGUGUUUCGACGCUACACAGACUUCGCGCGGCUCAACAAGAAGUUGCGACUAUCGUUUCCUGGUUUGCGCCUCGCGCUACCGCCCAAGCGCUGGUUCGGCGACAACUUUGAUCCGUGUUUUUUGGAGGACCGUAUGCUUGGGUUGCAAGCAUUCGUCACUAACAUCACCAGUCAUCCAGACAUCUCGCGGCACGAGGCGGUGCGCCAGUUCUUCUGUCUGGACGAGCCGCCGGACCCGCGCGACUCCCUCGAGGAGAGCCGUCUGCUUUGCGAGUCACUCGAGGAGACAGCCGGCUCGCAGGAGCUGCUGCUGAAACAGCGGGACCUGGAGAUCGCCAGGCUGCGUGCCCAGCUGGCCAUGGUACGACAGCAAUACGAUGUUCUCGUGGCUCGUCUGAGGAGUGGGCGGCGACCGGGGUCGGCGGGGUCCGCCCGCCGUCGGCUGGGGCCGCUGUUGGGAGUUGACGGCACCCAGUCUGCCAGUCAGACGGACCUCCCUGGCAGCGACUCCGACGGACGGGAGCCACCUCUGGCACCGCUUCCUCCUUCAUGCGAGCGGCAGUGACAAAAUAACAGUGGUAACAAGUGGUGGGCUUGUGGGCUCUGAUCUGAAGGUCUAUCUCAUAAGCUGUGGGUCACCAUCCUGGAUAGCUUACCCUUGUGGCUGUGUAUUGGGGCCUGUGUGAACACUAGACAGCUUUAUACGAGCACUUGAGUUAUCGGUUUCGCUUCGCUAUGCUUACUGGAGUUAUUUCAUUUUACCCUUUUGAUGGUUUUCGGGAUUUGUGCAUUUCUGACAAUUAUUUACCACCAGUUCGUGCUGUAAAUUAUAUCCAUCAACAAGGAAGACAUUGCUCUAGCCGCGAGUCCAAGUUUAUCACGUUAUCAAUCUUGAUAAGGCGCCUAGAACAAGACAUUGUUAAAGGUAGUGUGCCACCUUUGAAAGAUUUCCCAUUUUAUUUUUCCUAGGAUAAGAAGCUUCUGUUUUUACCUAAUAUCGCAAAGAUAAUCAAAAAUGGGCCUGGAAUAGUGCCUUUUUCGCCUAAAAGUUUAUCGGUUUUUCGAUAUGUAUAACCAUGGGUGGAGAAUGUUUGAAAAAGUUACCCCGGCCGGCGACCGAAAGUCAGAAAGACGAUGAUGCACAAAUAUUUGUCAACGGUUAUCAACAAACCCCUAUUCUGUGGCAUGGAACAAUGGAUGUCUGCCAUUACGAGUUAUCCAAUGUUUUAUUUGCAGUGAUUUAGCUCGAAUUUUUUAAUGGACCGAUUGACAGAGCCGGGGGCCCACGCUAAGCAGAGCUUGUUGCGUAGGUAGACCCCGAACCCUACCGUCCGAUCGCGCAAUUCUGGGUAACGGGAUAAUUUAGAUGCCAAAGUUUAACGUGCCCUUCAAAGCCGGACACGGCCUGUCCCACUCAACUGACUUCAGCUGGCUGCGGCUGCUCCCACCAACCGCAGACCAUCACCGUCAGGAGUCUCAAAUAUCGAGCGCCGGAGCGACUCGAACCCGGGCUCUCGGGAGUCCAUUGCCUCUACCAACUGAGCUACGGGACAGACUUAUGUUAUGAACUUUGAGAAAAGCCGUUGGAGAACGCUAAAAUCAGAGGAAUUUGGCUUUUAUUAUCUAUGGUGAUUUUAUGAUUGAGCUUGCCUAAAACUUGACCAGAUUUCUCUGAUCACGUUUGUCCCUCUUUCAAACGUCGUUCCGCUUUUCGCCUCGUAGCCCAGUAGCCGAGUUAGAAGGAGCGUGAAACGCCGACCGCUCGACUCAACGUGUUACGAUAGGGCCACCACCCUGGCGCGGGUUAAGUUGGAGGAGCCUUGAGCCCCAGCCCCCAACAGCUCGUCCUUCUAUCUCACUGGACACUGAUAUUACCCUCGUCCUCUCUUGUGAUGAUAUUGCAGUGCCAUCUUACGAUAACGGCCCUUAAAUAUGAUUUAGGGUUGUUAGAUGAAACUUGUCGGGCUGCGCGAUGAAAAAAAAAUUGAGAGCAUAGAAGCUCCAAAAUGAAAAUAAAGUAAAUUUUAAAAAACCUUUGAAGGUAGAUAAGAAUAAUGAGAGAUUCUUUUAUAGGUGGCAGUUUUUCGCAUGGAGAUAGGAUUUACAAAAGUGGACAAAGUUACCCCGGCCGCGCCGGGGUAGGCUGAAAGUUACCCCGGCCACGGCCGGGGUGGCCGGGGCAGGUUCUCCACCCAUGUGUAUAACAACUGUAGUGGGCUGAG